AUGAAAUCUUCAGACAAACGCGGUCAUAAUGUUACACGGGCUUCUCCUCUUGCAAGCCCUAAAAAUAUAAAUUUAAAAAAUGAAAAAAAGAAGAACCCUACUGAUAAGGGGAACCAUUGUAUAAUACAUAAAGAUGAAGGAAAGAACAAAGUGAAAACUAAUAUAAAAGAAAUUUCAGAUAAAAAUAUAAUAAACCGAAAAAUGAAAGAAAAACAUAUAAAUACUAAAAAUAAGGAAAAUGAAAUAAUGAUAACUAGCGAAGGAAAUAAAAAAAAAAAAAUAAUAAAUAAAAAUUGUUCUAGUACUAUUAUCAAUAUGGAAAAAGAGGAUUUAAAUAUGAACAAGUUAUCACCACAUUUGAUAGAAAACAAUCGAAAUACCUUUGAUACAAAUUUAACAAAAAGAAGAGCAAAUAUAAAUAAAGUAAAAAAUUCGAAAAAAAAUGAAGGAUAUCAUAGAGCCAAAACAGUUGAAGCCAGAGGGAAGACAAAAAAUGAUAGUCUCAUAUAUGAAAACAACAAAAAAGAAAGUGCCAAAACUAAGAAAAGCAAAAGUUUUCAUACAAUUAAUUAUCAACAUAAAGAAAAUGGUUUUAUUACUUCUUCAUAUUCAUCUCUUAGUAAUGAUGAUGUUUUAGGGCCUUAUUAUGAAACUGGCAUAAAUGUAGAAAACUGUUAUGAAGAGACUAACGAGAUAAAUAAAAAAGAAAUUGAAAAUAUAAAAAGUAAAAUUUUAAAUAAAUAUAGGAAUCUAACUAGUGAAUAUAAUAAUAACUUACAAAUGCUAAUUUAUAGUAGCAUGAAUAAAAAUUUAAAGAUAAAAGAUAGCAGAGAAAGUAUAUAUACUUUUAUGAAGCUUGCCUAUAAAUGUUCUGACUAUAAAUAUGCAAUUGGAUAUGCAAUAUUAUUAUUAUUAGACAGAUUGAAUAAUCAAGAAAUCGAAUUAAAAGAAAUAGAAAAAGAAGAAAUAGAAAAUACAAUAAAUUCAUAUAACUAUUAUAAUAUUAUGUCUUAUAAAUAUGCAUUUAGGAUUUUUUAUAAAAAUUAUACAUUAUCGUUAAAAGGGGCAAGAUGUAAAGAAACAAAUGAAUUUUCAAACAGUUCUACAAAUAGUUCUUCAAUAUAUAUAAAAAAAAAUAUAUGCAAAAAUAUUCGAUUUAAAAUAAAAAACGAAUUUUUACUAAAUUGUGAAGUUAUUAUAAAUAUAGUUAAUUGUAUAAUUUCUACAAUACCAAAUGAUAAUGAAAAUAAAAUUUUUUAUAUCCAUUUAAAUGCAAAUCAAUAUAAAAUAGUAUCAAAUAUAACUGAUACUGGUGUAAAAUAUAAAUAUGAACAGCUAGCUAAACAUGCAUAUAAAAAAGCUUUUGAAUUAGCAUCCACACAUUUACAACCAAUAGAUAUUAAUUUUUUAAGUGUAGCUAGCCAUUAUAUAUAUUUUUUAUACUCUAAUUUAGAAUAUGAACAAAAAGCUUUAAAAGUAUGUAUAGACGUAUUUGAUAAAUCCUCAAAUCUUUUGGAUAAAAUAGAUGAUGAUAAACAAGCCGAUAAAUGUGCACGAAUUUUAAGUAAAAUGAGAUAUAACAUAAAACGAUGGUCCAAAAAGUUAAACAAAAAUAGUAUCCUCUUUUUAAAAAUUUAA